UCGCCUGCUUCAGUUGCCGCUCUGCGUCAUCAACGUCCAUGAAUUCUCCCGGAUUUCUACUCGGCUACAAAUCAAAUCAGACACUGAUUUGUCAAUGAUUCGAAGCCAAGUACAGCGACGAUAUUUUCCACGGUAAGAUCCUGUACAAAAUCAAUGGUCUGUCUGCUUUCCUUUCUAAUGAUACAAGCCACGACCGUGAGCGAAAUGUUGAGUUUGACGCACAGUUUACAACGUCCAUAACAAUCAGCGACACAAGCUACGGCAAUUCCUUACUUUUCUAGUGAGUGUUGAGGCUCAAGGACGUCAGGGGAGAGAAGGAAAGCUGACGACGAGCAAGUAUUUAUUGCCCCACUAUAUUCGCUACAGCCAUUGGGGCGCCUGAGUCUCCGAUGAGCACACGCCGACUCCCGAUCAGUCGAACGACAUUGUCGAAAAGUGAACAACGGUAACAUCGUAGACUGAAGCAGUUUCAGCCACCCAGUCAUAGUAGACGCAACAAGAUAUACGCAUAGGCAUGGUUCAUUAAGGAGAGGGAACACCGAAAUCAGGACUCAACGGCCGCUGCAAGAUUUAGCGGCCCACCCAGUACCGAAACUAAGGCAUCGACGACCUGCGCCGAAGCAAGUGCACCAUCACUGACGCCCACACGCCGUGGUCACAAGCUGAGCGAGGACCACAUCCAAGCCCAGGAAGUGCAACCACAACAAAAGGAUGUCUAGAGUUCGAACAAUAACCUCGAACGCUGUGUCAACAGUUACCACGACAACGCUGGACUUGCGCAUAAAGGAUCCCCCGAGUGUGCUUCCUUCGUGGGCAACUGUCACGCUGGCAUGGAUCCGAAUAUUCCUUGGUCACACUUACCUACUCGUUAUGGGAGCGUUUGGCGUACUCAUCCUGCCAGUGCUCGUGUUAAGCCAACGUGUCCGCGAAAUGUUUUUCGCCUUCGUCUACAUGAUGAUUCAGCGCCUGUGGUACAACGACUACGGCUCUGUGCGGCGCGUCGUGAUGACCGGACUCGACGACCUCGUGUCCCACGACAGCGCUCUGAGAGAACGCCAUGUAGUUCGUGUUCUCGAAGUGGGGGCCGCUUACGGACCGAACCUGCCCUAUGUGCGUCGCAACGUAGAGUACUGGAGGUUGGAGCCGAACGUGAGCUUCGACGAAGGUUUUCAAAAGAACCUGGAUGCUAACAAAAAGGUUGAACUGGUGCGUACUAUUCGUGGACACGGUGAAGACAUGAACAUGCUGCCGGAUGGCCACUUCGACGCCGUAGUGAUCACGUACGUGCUUUGCACGGCCAUCGAUGGCAAGAAAAUCAUCAGCGAAUGCAGGCGUGUGCUGCGAAAGGGAGGCCGUCUUCUCUUCGCCGAACACGUUGGCCACAAAAAGGGCACGUUCGCUAGGUUUAUGCAGGACCUGUUGGCACCACUCGCCCAGUAUAUGACCGCCGGCUGCUACAUGAACAGAGACAGUGGUCGCAUUUUCAAGCAGGCCGGCUUUGAGGAGAUCCAGCUGGAGGAAGUUGAUCUGUACCUGCCUUUUGAGUACAGUUUCCACGUCUACGGCAUAGCCAUUGCCUAAACAACCGCAAUAGAUGGACGGUGUACUCACAAAAAGAAGAUUAUAGAUAUUGUUUGUAGAUUACGUUAUGUGCGCGUGCCUCUCGUUGAGAGGCGAAUAAAUUGUCAAAAAUUUGCACUCUAGAAAAGUUCGUUGGAUAUUUGUCUGCCAUUUUUAUAAGAGGUAACUGGAGACAGUUCACAGAUUGGCUAAAUAUAUUGCACUUUUGGUGUUAGACUUUUGUUGAUUACCAUCGCGUAUAUAGACAAGCUACUUUACUGGUGGAAAAUACCCAUAAGAUAGGAGCAGACAGUGCAUGGACGAAUUCUUCUACACUUUCUGCAAAUCGUUCUUUUCUGCUAUCAAAAGGAAAAUCCUAUUUUAAUCACUGUACUGUAUUUAUGCGCUCAUAUUGUGUUGACCGCUCAUGAAAUGUAAAAACUAAUUUCCAGCUGAACUUCCUCUAGGACUUCAUCUGAUAAGAACUCAAGGACCGCUGGCGCGAAUUGAACAAGCAAUGGAAAUGAACAAUGUGAUUAAAAUGAUUGACGUUCUUUUGUACUAAAAUACAAAAGCGAUUAUCAACGUAGUAGGAGAGGCCUCUAUGUUCAUUUCUACAUGCAAUGCCAAGUGCAUUAAAAAUCCUAGACCCCGUCCACUACCUGGGUAUCCAUCUCGCGACUGGUCCUUUUAGGACAAGUCCAAUCCAAAGCCUGUACGUAGAGUCGAAUCAGUGGUCGCUUCAUCUGCAGCGGUCAUACAACAGUUUCACAUAUUUUCUGAAAGUACAAGCGAACAUUGAACAUCCUUCUUAUUCAACUAUAAAUGACGUGACUGCUGCCACACACUUCCAUAAUCGACCUGCAGCGAGAAAGCCGCUCUCUUUGCAUGUGAGGAACCUCAGUGAGGAAAUCGGUGUUCCACUGCUUCAUUAUCGUCCUAUGGCUCCAUUGUUGUCACUGCCACC